AUGAGUGAUAAACAAAAUAUUUUUCCAGCUGCCAUCACCAAGGAUGAUCGUUCAUACGAGGAACAGUUGUCUACUGCGGCAGUGGAUGUCCUCAAAAGAAUUGGUGAAGACGGAAGGAUCAUCCAGGAAUUCAUUGAGCUCGGUUCAAAAGUCAAAGCUGCAGCUUCUGAGGCCAUGGACGAGGAAGCUGCCCUUGGGGACAUACAUCUUACCCUCAUUGUUGCUAGCGAUCCAUUUAAUCGAUCCCGUCUUACAUCGGACGUGUUGAUUCCCAACACUGAGCUCAAGGCAAAAAUUGAAGAAUCCAUCAGGUAUCAAGAGUUGAAGCGGCAUGGAGAAGAUUUGAGCACGUAA